AUGAGCCGUGCGCCAGAGGGAUUGGAGACGCUUGAUUUCUCCGUACUGGAGCUCUGUUGCCCCAUCAAUGUGGACGAUAUCAGCAAUCGCUGGUUGAAUUCUUAUGUGCCCCUCCCGGGACAAAAGACCAAAGAUUAUCCCGCCAAUGUUACGGCGUUUAUCUACAGAAUCCUCAAGUCAUAUGCGACUGCUACUGCCCGCGGUCGUGGGGUUCCACCAUUUGUACAUCCCUCGCAGAUAAUGGCAACAUCAACAAGGCUUCCCCUUUCUAAUUGUCUGAGUUUGGUUCGCAUUUGCGAAAGGCCAUUGCCAGGUAGUGAAAGCGUCGCUGCAGAUGUGCUGCAAAGGGAGAUGAGCUGUCUCUACGACCAGCAUCAGACGUACGAUGAUAUGGCUCUUCUUGCAGCGUUUCAGGCCUAUUUGAUUUACUGCAUGGUUCUAUUCUUCAGACUCAGCCGAGGCCCCAAUCCGUUCCUUCGACAGGCGAUGACGAACCUGCAGGAUCUGGCAUGCUCAAGCAGCCGGCGCGGACUCAUGUGUAUAGCAGAGCGACGAAAUGCUCGUCCAAACUGGGAGUCCUGGAUUGUCGCGGAGGCAAAACGACGUACUCUUUUUGCAAUGUACCUUUUUGACAGUAUGCUUUUGUCCCAGGAUGGUCUUCCGACCUUUCUUGGUACCGAACUACAGGGGCUGCCUGCUCCGGCAAGCAAGUUCCUAUGGAGAGCGCAGACGCGAAACGAGUGGGAAAGGGAAUAUAACACCCAUCUAGCAGAUUGGGCAGAAGGGGGUCUUUAUAUUGACGAACUUUGGCCAAUUCCUACUGGCCUGGAUGAACGUGGUCUCCUCGAAAGACGAAACAGAGUUGAUCAAUGGUUAGAGGAUAUCGAUGAAUUUGGCACGAUGCUCUAUGCUGUAACGAGUUGUACGCAUGGUGGUUGA